UUAGGCAAGAGGAUCGGGACAGCUUUUAUGGCUCUUACUUCUGAUUAAUUAUCACAUAUUCAUUUUAUGAACCCUAACACUCCAACCCAAAAUAAAGAGUACUACAUCAUCUUUCUCUUUAAAUCUUUAAAACCCAUUUCUAUUUAUGUUCUUCUUACAGAGAGAGAGAGAGAGAGAGAUUUGUGAAGUUUUGGACGAACUGGGAAGCAUCCGCUUUAUGGUUCGUCCUCCAUCUUCAUCAACUUUCAAAACUUCAGUUCCAAGUUUUUGGUAAAUGUCAUUCAAUUGAAAGAUUUCUUUUUUUCUUACUGGAAUUUUGAUAAAAGUCUCACAUUUGUGCAACUCUGGUCCAUUUAGUAUUUACACCUCUUCUCAAACGUGUAGAUUUUGACAUGUGGAGGUCUCAUUCUUAAGAAGAAAAAAUAUCACAUUUCUUGUGUUUUUCUUUAUGGGUUCUCACCUUCUCUAAAUCUAUCUGAAAAAUUGUUCCUAAGAUUUGAUUCUUUAUUUUUCUUUCACAUCUUUUCAAUCUUGAACUGACAGCCGCCCUCCACUGUCCUCAUAGUUUGGUUCUCUUAGUUGUGGGAAUUCACUGUAUCUGGAUACCCUUUCAGCAUUGUUUGAACUUUGAAGAAGCUUUCUUCAGUGUGUUUUUCACCCUAAGUUUCAGUGUGUUUAUUAACUACCAUCAACCAUAGCUUGUCGGUUGUGGUGUCUACAAAUAUAUCUUGUUUUAAAUAACUGUAGAGAGAAAGGUUCGCUCUGCUAAGCUGUCCAUUUUCGCCUAACCAGCACUGUCGCACCGUCCAUUGGUGGACCUUAUGCUCAAUCAGAACCAAAGAAGUAAUGGCUUAAACAGUCGUUUGCUUUGCAUCCUUCUUCUAAUAUAAAGGGAUACAUUCACUUGUGUUCAUCUGAAGAUAGCUUCAUCAUCUUCUUCUUCUUUAAGUUAUUUUCACUUUUCAUGUCAAACUCAAAAUUUGCGAUCUCAUUCAAUCCUAUGCUUUGCUUUUUUAUAUCUUGUGUCCCUUUGAUAUUUCUUUCUGAGUCUUUUACUCAAAGGACACUCCAGUUAUGUGAGGGUGUGCUAAAACUGUUGUCAAUCUGGUUUUGUGGGAAAUUUUCCAAAUUUCUUCUGUCCUGGUUCCGGAAAAGUAGGAUCCCUUUGAGUUUUGUCCAAAGCCCCAUGACCCUUGUUUUGAAAAAGAUGGCCCUGUGUUCAACAAGGGUAGAGAAUGUAGAGGAAAAUGAGAGGAUUUCCCUUCUUGAUUUGCCUGAAUUGACCUUGGAGUGCAUCUUUGAGCUGCUUUCACCGGCGGCUUUGUGCAGCAUGGCUGGAGUUUGCUCUUCUUUGAGGGAGAGGUGUACUAGUGACCAUUUAUGGGAGAGACAUUUAAAGAAGAAAUGGGGCAAAGUGAUUGGCGAUGCCGCUUACCGAGAAUGGCAAUGUCAGGUGGCCUACAGAAAUGGACCCAGCCUCUCUGGUCAAGACAAGAAAAAGGGACUAUUUGAGUCUCUUCUUAGUGCAAGGCUCUUCUCAUGGAUUACACCAAAACUAGAAAAGAGUUGCAAGGUGAGGACUACUUUACCAGUUGACUCAAUCAUGGCUUGGUAUCUUUCUCUUGAGAGUGGCAAAUCCUGGUUCCCAGCUCAGGUCUACAAUCGAGAGAAUGGUCAUAUAGGCUUCAUGCUGUCAUGUUAUGAUGCUCAGCUCAGCUACAAUUCUGAAACUGACAACUUUCAUGCAAGGUAUUCGUCUCAUGGACGGAGAACAGUAGAGGAAAAUAUAGGGUGGGAUAGGCUAAGAGCUCCACCAGUUAACACUCCUCCAUUUGUGCUUCAUGUUUCUGAUUGUUUACCUGACUUAAAACCUGGUGACUAUAUUGAGAUCCAGUGGAGAAGAAACAAAGAAUUUCCCUACGGUUGGUGGUAUGGCCAUGUUGAUCACUUGGAGCCCUGUGAUGGAAAUGAGACUCUCUGCCGCUGUCAUUACAGUGACACAGUAGUACUGAAGUUCAAUCAGUACAGUUCUGGAUCAAGAUGGAAACGAACAUUGAUAAAUAGGACGGAUCAUCGUGAAGAAGGGAAUGAAGCUGAUGGAUUUUAUGGAGGAAUUAGAAAGCUUUACAAUGAGGAAGAGAUUGCUAGGUGGAAGCACUUUUGGCCAACUCAAGUCCUGGAACAGUAGGGUUUGGCAAACUUCCCUGGGAAGAAGCAGGCACCACUUUUUUCUUUUUUGCUCUUUUGCUUCCAAUGAAGAGUUUACAGUGUUAUAGAAGAAGCCUAUUGCUAUUCUAAGAGAGAAAUAUUCCUCAUUCUGAUUAUUUGCAAGCAGACCUGUGAAGAGGUUGUAUAUAAAAAAGAAAAAAAUGUACAGCUAUAUGCCAUUCUCUGGUCUGAUUUAACAUAUUAUUGCACUCAA